AUGGCCAAUCGACGACAAGCUGUGCCGCAGAGAGCACAGCAACGGGUAUAUAGACAAUCAGUAAACGAUUUGCAUCGAAACAUCGCUUAAAUGUACAUUUUAGCAAAUUCGAUACGCGCCAGGAGCCGGUGGUGAAUCAGAGAUUAGUUGUUGUGUCAAGUACUCUGUUUUCAGCUUCAAUGUAAUCUUUUUCUUAUUGGGUAAGUGUACAAGCCAAAAAAGAGGGGUAAAAUAUUUAGCUUCAGCCACCACUAAAUUGUUCAUUUUCCAUUUUUCAUCUCAAUUUCCUUGCAGGUUUUGGACUAUUACUCUUCGGCGUAUGGGCUCAAAUCGAGAAGAACACUUUUGUGAAUCUUCUCAGUAAAGCCUCAAAAUUGUACCUGGAUCCAACGUGGCCCCUCCUAAUAGUCGGAUUCCUCACAUUCAUCAUCGGUUUCAGCGGAUGUGUUGGAUCCCUUCGAGAAAACACGUCAUUCCUGACGUUCUACUCGACUCUCCUGGGCCUUCUGCUCAUCGCAGAGAUCUCCGCCGGAGUUUUUGCUUAUGCGUGCCGUGAUCAACUCGACAACUACAUCAGGAACCUUCUGAAUGAUGUAGUCGUCGGAUAUCGAGAUGAUCCGGACCUCCAGACGCUCAUCGAUUCAAUGCAAGAGACGUGGAUGUGUUGUGGAAUCAACGGAGCCGAUGAUUGGGACAAGAACACGUACUUUUCGAUUGAAGCCCGAGAAGUGGCAUCUCCAGAAGCCGGCGGAGUUCCCUUCUCGUGUUGUAUCAACAGCAGUCAACUCGAGUUCAAAAACUAUUUCUGUGGCCACGGAGUCCGUCUGAAGGGGGAAACCCACAUGGCGGCGGCUCAUUUGGCUGCUCAGCGCGUCAUGGCUCAGACGGCUUCCAUCUACACGGAGGGAUGCCUGCCGAAACUGCAGCUCUGGCUCAAUAACAACAUGCUUCUGGUGGCCGUUUCGAUGGUUAUUAUUGCGAUUAUACAGGUAACUUCAUAAAAAACGUACGUUCAUGUUCAACAUUUUUAACUUUAGGUACUUGGAAUUUGCUUUGCUCAAAACCUCAAAUCGGACAUUCUUGCUCAACGGGCCAAGUGGUAUUAUACCCAUUAA